AGCAAUUUGCGUUGUCGAGCCAAUGAGUCGUUCACAAUUUAGUUAAGGUUGAGGUUAUUCAAUACCCACUAGUAGUACGAUUCAAACCAGAAGUCACGGUUGGUACGUACGGUAGGUACCGAAAUCUAAGUACCGUACGGUACGUACUUUACUGUAAUUGGGUGCUCGUACGGUAAUGUACGGUACUUGGUACCCUGCCGUAUUACACAGUACAAGGUCGUUUUCAACUCGGACGCAAUACCAGGGGUGUCCGUUGAAGUUGCCGAUGAAAGCGAUAGGAACAACGACAAUUUCGCAGGGGGAAUCGCUUUCGGAAUCGGAGAUCGGAGAAACGUUGCAGCAGGAAGUACUCAAAUCGAAUGGUCAAAAGAUUCCAGAUGCUGCGGCGGUAUCCUGGUUGGUGGAGUGUCGCUUUUUUUUUGCUUCCGUUGAUUAUACCAACAAUUAUUGUGGUAGAGAAUGAUGGCCAUGCGGUAAAUAGCAACACCGACGAUCACCAGAAUCGAAAGCUUCUGGAACAUGGACUCCGUGGUGGCAAUGUUGGAACCGGAGAGUCUUGGACGUCUCCGGGGGUUGAUUCUUCCGAUCUUAUUUCUGCUGCCGAUCCUGCGGUGUUGUCGUCGAAUGUCACGAUUCCCCUGCACGCUCACUCGGGAACAUGGCACGUUCACGUGUACGUUGGGUCUCCGCCCCAGCGCCAAACCCUGAUCGUUGACACCGGCUCGAAAGCCAUGGCAUUUCCCUGCAAGACCUGCGAAACCUGCACAGAAUGCUGUGGAUCGCACGCGAGCCCCUAUUUCGAUCCCUUUCAGUCCACAACCCAUCGCAUCACAAAGUGUGGAGACUGCCUUUUAGAGGGGAUUUCCAAGUGCCCGCUCUAUUCUUUUGGUCUCGAUUCAUCGCUUCAAGGAGCGGAAGGCAACAGCAAUUUCUGCACUUUUACUCAACGAUACACGGAAGGAUCCUCCUGGACAGCCACCGAAGUGGAAGACAUAGUUUGGCUGGGCUCGGAAGACUUGGUGGAAAGCGUCGAGGGAUUUCUGCCGCAACUUGCAAUUGCCUAUCCCUUUGGCUGCCAGACCUCCAGCAAGGGACUCUUCCAAAAGCAAUACGCCGAUGGGAUUCUAGGAUUGUCCAUCCACAAUACUUCGAUCGUAACCGCUCUCUACGGGGAGGGCUUGAUUCCCCAGAAUGCCUUUUCGCUGUGUUUUACCCACGAGGGCGGGGUGAUGUCCCUAGGCGGAACCCUGGAUCCUAAAAAGUAUCAUUUCCGGCCCAUAGUGACAACUCCCUUGACCCGGCAGCAGGACCACGGAUAUUACAGCGUGGAGGUGAUUCGCCUGUUGGUGGGGAGAAAUGGAGGCAGCGAUCCCAGCGGCGAGGAAAGCAUCGUCAUCACUGACAGCGAGACCCGGCCAAAAUUGCUCCGCGACAUGAAUGCCGGCAAGGGUUGCAUACUAGAUUCGGGAACGACCGAUUCCUACUUUCCCUCGAGUCUAGCCAGGGUAGUAAGAAAGGCUGUCAUCGACUACGCAAGCAGCAGCAAUCUGCACGACAACGAUUCCGGCAACGGAUACAAUGCGGAAAACGUUGACUUGUUUUCCAACAAGUGGCGCCAUCGAAUGUACACAUACGCCGAAUUCCAAGCCUUACUACCGACUGUGACGGUGGUCUUGGCCAACAACGCGACGGUAGAUAUUUUGCCGCUGCACUACAUGGAACGAGUCCCGAUCGAUUCCAAAACGGGUUGGGUUGUGCCCUGGAAGGGAUCCAGGGAGCUCGCAAAUCGUCUCUACUUUGAAGAGUCGGCGGGAUCCGUGUUGGGCACCAAUGCCUUUUUUGGGUACGAUUUGCUGUUCGACAGCACUCUGCCCGGCCGGCACCGGGUUGGGAUUGCCCCCGCCGAUUGCCAUGCGGCAUUGGCACGGUCGUCGACUGCCGCUACAGCCGAAGGGAUGGCCAUGGACCUACAGUAAUGCUGGUAUUGGCACCGGUUUUGAUAUUAUGUUCUAUUGCAAUACCAUGCUUAUGAAGAGACGUGUGUGAUACGGAAAAAGAAGGCGAAUCCAAAAACCAUGUUUUGGUAUUGAGACGAAGCUAUUUUUGGUAUACACAGGGCAAAAAAGAUUCGAUAUGAUACAUACACAAUGCAGUGCACACUGUUGUGGAGCGAUGUUGUGUUCACAACGACUCCUUGAGAGUGAACGUUUUUUUGGAAGACUAAAGAAAUGAAACUGCGUUCUUUCUGAUGUAGUUGGAUCGUUUCGAAUCGAAUCCAGUCGAAAAACGAAAGAUUGUCUACUUGAGGACGAGGGGAGUCCGGAAUGCAGCGUUGAGGUGGUGGCAGGCUUCGGCUGGUACUCGCACAAAACUGUGCGGUGGUUGGUUUCCGAGCAGGCGUGUGUGUGACCACUUCAUCCCGCUUUUAAGAGAGGUAGCAACAGCCUGAACAUAAUAGAAGCUAUGAGUAUUC